AUGAAUCCAUUGACGCCCAAAAGCCAUGCGGAAGUUAACCUGAAAGUUCAUUCUGCUCAGGUUGCCCAAUCCAAAGCGUACACUUCGGUACAAUUUGAGGACGAGAACGAGGUGGAGAAAGCGCAUUUCGAGCUGGGCAGCGAGCUGGUGUAUAUCAACCAUGGUUGCGAGCCCAACGUCGCUUUCGAGUUGCCUGGUGGAUGGAAUGGACUUGAAGAGGGCCAUUGGUGCCUCAGAUCACUGUCCGAGAUCAAAGAGGGUGACGUCUUAACUUUUGCUUAUUUUAGCACCGAGUGGGACAUGGCCCAGCCAUUCCAGUGUGAGUGUGGCUCAAAGAGCUGUCUCGGCAAGAUUCGUGGAGCCAAGUACUUGCCAAAGGAAAUGCUCAACAAGUACGUGGAUUUCCUUCAAUUGGACUAUUCAAGAUCCAUGAACUAA